AUGCUUUUAGCCGAUAGAUGUCGUAGUUAAAAUUCUAUAAACAACACACAUCAAGUCGGUAGAAUAGUUCCACAGCAGUCUGCAAUUCGAUACCUAUAGUGAUAUGGUAAAUAAUUAAUUAUCUAAAUAGAAAGACAUGUGCAUAAUUAUAGAGGUAUAUAUGCAUGUACCUGCUAUUGUGGACACUACAUAUUCCACAGUUUUCUUUCGUCGAAGUCAUGUUUCCGCAUAAUAUUCUAUUUGUUUCGUGUUUAAUCCUUGGCAUCCAAGUAAUUAAAAGUUUGGAAGUGAUACCUGAAAGGGCAAAUGUGACAUUCUCGAACCCCGAAUACGCAUCAAAUGUGAGAAUAUACGUUCGGCGGUUCAGGAGGAAUUCUGCAAACUACAUCAACUUUAUGGGCACCAACAAGCAAACCUGGACUAACAAUAUUACGAUAGAUUUUACAAUCAGCCAGUACUUGAACUAUGAGUACCGGCCCACGUACGUGGGCCACUACAAGUUUUGCGACCUCGUCAAUAGGGAGCCCUUCAUUGGCGGUGCUAUCAAGAACUCGGGUCUGGUAUGCCCCUUGCCUGCUGGUUAUCACGCUGUAAGGAACAUAACAGCGCCGACAGAAAACUUCCCCAACGUGUUUCCCUUCGAGAAAGGCCGCAUAGAUUUCACAGCGUCCCUUACCAGCACGAGCGAGCCAGUCCUAAAGCUCUUCAUUGAAGCUAGGUUCAAGCAAAAUUGAUUUAUUAAACUUUGAUUCGUCAUAUCUAAGUUCAUUUAUUAUACAACAAAAUAAAAAAUAAAAA